GACAUAUUUUACAUAUAAAUAUAUAUAUAUAUAAAUUAUACGGACAUGAAAGGUUAUUUCCAAGCACUAUUAUAUGUAUAAUUACUUAAAAACGGGCAAGAGAGAGGCUAUUUCAGCACGUGUUGAGGACUGUUGGGAGCCUAUACUACCUCACAAAGAACAUAUGGCGUCCUUACACGCACUCGAACCCAUACCGAUGAUUUAUUCCAGUCAGUAUGGGCGAGUAUUCAGAUGUCAGACGAUCGAGUACAAAAGCGGACAGUUCGCUGGGAACAGUCCGUUCACAUAGUGUCGAGGGCCCAACCAGUGGUUUCAAGACAGAGAGAAAGACGGAAAGGAAACGCACAAGCACAGUCGAAUACACCGACGUGUCUGAAUUAGUACUUACACAUUCUUUAUCUGCCGAUGAUUUAACGGGCGACUCAACUCAGAUACCACGUGAUUUAUCUGCCGAUGAUUUAACGGGUGAUUCAACUCAGAUACCACGUGAUUCACUGAGUUUUUUGUUGGCGUGCUUCCCUGGUAUUGAUCAUGCGCUGCUAGGGGAACUUCUGGACCAGCCGCAGAGCGAUGUGGGCUCCAUUGUAGAGUUUCUGUUACCUAUUUUAGAUGAAGGCGAUGAUGAUGAUAUAGCAUCAAAGUCGAACGAUAAGAACAAUAUAGCGGCGGAUACUUCGAGUUCAGCAGGAACUAGUGACCUCGGUAACGGACAGUUGGAGAUACCAACUAACCAGGAAGCGUUUUUUGAAGGGACUAUUAGAGAAGAGUCAAGUCUCUCGCAAUACAGUGAAGAUUCGCUAGAGAGUAUGUCGCCUUGUUUCACUCCAAGCAGUAGCGAACCCAGCCACCUCUCGGCGUCUAGUGACGCCGAGGAUAUGUCAGAAUAUACGAGAAAAUAUAGCGUGGAGACAGAAGCUGCAAAUAAUAGAACAAUCAUCGACAUGAAGAGCUCUAUAGGAAAGGGCGGUGAACCAAAAGGGCUUUUAGUCCACUUGACAACAUGUAGGGACAUGCAAACUGCACAGAGUAACGAUAGACAAAUCACAAUGACUGAAACAUCGGAAGAGUUGAUUCACAAUAAUAUAAAGGCUCCGUCUAAGGGAGUGGUGAGUGCAUUAGAGUCUAGCGAAGACCAGGAGGGUUUUCUUGCAGCGACUACCUCGUUACCUACUAUCAAAGUGGCGCUGAUAGCUGCUGAUAUAAUGGAGGAUACUAGAGAAGAAGAAAAAUGUAAUGAUAGUAAUAAUACAGAGAAGACGAUGAAUUGUAUGGCGAACGAACGUCAGAAUGUUCAGUUGACUUCGGAAGAGUUCGAUAUGGCUUUGUUGACUCUGUGCACGAUGUUCAGUGACAUGUCUGUAGAAGACUUGUCCGUUGCUCUCACGAAUGCUAACGGUGAUACGAGUGAAGCCAUUGAUGCGAUAUUUGCCGGGCAAAUCAGUGAAGCGCAAGUGGAUGAGAGCGCAAAGACGAACGAAUCUUUGAAUGCAACCGAAAGUAAACCCAUUCUAGUUGUGCCAUCUAUUCUGAAAGAGAAGUUUCCACUCGCAUCUCCGGAUGCUUUGGCUGAUUUGUAUGCGGAUUGUGGGUAUUCAAUAGAAGCGGUAUUAGACGUAGCUCAAGAGUAUUUCCAAAGGUACACUAGGAAGGAUGAGCUUUCAAAGAGGAAAAAAGCCGCCAAAGGUUACACACACUCAGACGACUUCAUCGAUCGGAUGUCAUUCGGUCCCUCACAGGUCCACAAUGUAUGGCACAAUCGCAACUUCAAUCAGGGCGCUACGGUAGACGAGUUCAGGAUGCAUUUGUUGGCGGCGAAGCAUCCUACGAUUGCCAGGCAUGUUGUGAAUGAAGUUUACGCUAUGUAUGGAUACAGUGCGAGCGCAUGUAAUGAUCAUUUGAAUCUACUGACCCCCACUGCGACAUUAGCGCCAUCGGCGAAGAAGGUUAAGAAAGCUGUCCGGAGGUCAAAUAAAAUUAGAAAAACAACUAGCAAAGGCCGUCAAGACGCAGAUGGCUUCACUGAAGUGAAGCGUAAACGCGCAACUCAAGAUGAAACAAGACCAGCACCUCAGACAUCGACCCUCACCGGCCUGGCGAAUACUGUUUAUAAAUCCAAUACAGCUGAUCUGAAUGCAUACGAAUUGGCACGCGGACCUGCUCAGGAUUUGGCAUUGGAGCGUGCGCGAUGUUUCCGGAAAGCUGUUUUUGCCUUCCAAAAAAAACAUUUCCAGGCUGCCGAGUUUUGGGCUAUGGAGGGCCGAGCAAUCACAGAACGAUUGAAUAGGGCGCACGCGAGAGCGGCCGAUAAGCUCUUCAAAGCAAACAAUCCGGACUUUCCGAACGGGCCUUUGGAUCUGCACGGACUGCACGUCGACGAAGGAAUACGAAUGGUCAAGAUCGCACUAGCAUCGGGACGGAGACAACAAUUCCGCAUAAUAACCGGCGUGGGAUCGCAUAGCACUAUGCAAGCUAGGCUAAAACCUGCAGUGCGAGCGUUAUUAGGUAGUCAAGGUUACGAGCAUUUUGAAGAAACUCCAGGAGUUCUGCUUGUGAAUUUAUCAUCAUGAAAAGACCAAUUUAGUAUUUUUGUUCGGCAAGCCAGUGAAGGUACAACAGGCGCGGAAGAGCAUGGGGUACGGUGGCGAAAAUUGUAUCUUCAAGCAAGAUAGUCGGCAUAACAAAAAGGCACUAAAGCAUAUAAGAUAUUUG